CGAGCGGGCGGCCUUGUCUUUUUGCAUCUCUGUCUAAAUCUGAUAGAAAUUUUCCCAUCCAGUUCGACCUAGCCGGCCCAAAGUCUGGUGCUCGGGAGGUGGAGAACUCGGCCUUGGGAUCUGCGGUCAAAAGGCUGCCGCUUGGGCUCCCCGCCCCUCCCGGGGUCUGUAGCAGCCGCGGCUGGUCCCAAACUCACUGAAUCAGGAACUCUGUGAGGGUCCAGCAGUCGGGGUGAAUCGGCUGCAGGCAAGAGUUGAAGGGCCAUUCUCGUACUUAAUCGGCCUCCAAAGGCAUCCUCUGCUCUCUUUCCGGAAAGGAGAAGCAUCCUUGCCAUUCGGGUCACGAGGACCUGAGCCUCCACCUCUUUUCUGCGCCGGUCUGUGGAUUUCGGUUUGUUCGGAAACAUGGAGGAAGAGAGAAUAGCUGCUGAGUUACAGAAAAAUGUGAUACAGAACACAGUGGUCUUUGAGGAUGUGGCUGUGGACUUUACCCAAGAGGAGUGGGCUCUGCUGAAUCUCGCUCAGAGAAACCUCUACAGAGAUGUGAUGCUGGAAAACUUCCGGAACCUGGCCUCAUUAGGUUUCGAGAUUCAACUUAAAAUUGAUGAAUCAGUUGCUCCACAAGAUACUUAUGGAAAAAUAUCCAAUGAACAGGAUGUAGUAGGAUUCAAAAGGAGUGAUUCCUCAUUGUCCAUUUUACAUAAAAUCUGGGAAUACCAUGAUAUUGAUUAUCAGAACAAAAACCACAAGAAACGUUUGAGAAUUCAUGGGGUUGAGAACAUCUACGAACAUAAUGAAGAAAAUCAGUGUGGCCUAACCUUCAGCCAAAUUUCACACCUUAAUAUACUCAAGAGUACUACCGAAGUAAGAGCCUAUGAGUGCCGUGUGUGUAAAAAGGCCUUCAUAGAUCAUUUAUCCCUGAAGAAUCACAUUAGGUCUCACACUGGUAGCAAACCCUAUCAGUGUAACGAAUGUGGGAAAGGUUUCCAUUUUUUUGCUUGUUUUAAGAAACAUAUGAAAACUCCCACUGAAGAGAAACCCUAUGAAUGUAGGGAAUGUACCAAAGCCUUCAGUUGUUCUUCCUUCUUUCGGGCACAUAUGAAGAUUCAUGCAGGAAAGACAAAUUGCGAAUGCAGGGAAUGUGGGAAAACCUUUAGCUGUUCUUCAUCCCUCACAGAACACAAAAGAAUUCACAGUGGAGAUAAGCCUUAUGAAUGUAAGGAGUGUGGGAAAGCCUUUAGCUGUUCCUCCUCACUCUCCAAACACAAAAGAAUUCACAGUGGAGAUAAGCCAUAUGAGUGUAAGGAGUGUGGGAAGGCCUUCAGUUCCUCCUCUCACCUUAUCAUACAUAUAAGAAUCCAUACUGGAGAAAAGCCUUAUGAAUGUCAAGAGUGUGGGAAAGCCUUCAGUGAGUCCUCGAAGCUCACUGUACACGUUAGAACACAUACAGGCGAGAAACCCUAUAAAUGUAAGGAAUGUGGGAAAGCCUACAACUGUCCAUCCUCCUUGAGCAUCCACAUGAGAAAACACACAGGGGAAAAACCCUAUGAAUGCCUAGAAUGUGGGAAAGCCUUCUAUCUUCCCACUUCCCUGAAUACACAUGUGAAAAAUCAGAGUAGAGAGAAACCGUAUGAAUGUAAAGAAUGUGGAAAAGCCUUCAGUUGCCCUUCGUCCUUUCGAGCACACGUGAAAGAUCACACUGGAAAGGCACAGUAUGAAUGUAAGGAAUGUGGGAAAGCCUUCAGUCGUUCCUCAUCCCUCACUGAACACUUAAGAACUCACAGUGGAGAAAAGCCUUAUGAAUGUAAGGAAUGUGGGAAAGCCUUCAUCAGCUCAUCCCACCUGACGGUACAUAUAAGAACUCACACUGGAGAGAAACCUUAUGAAUGUAAGAAAUGUGGAAAAGCCUUCAUUUACCCCUCAGCCCUUAGGAUCCACAUGAGAACACACACUGGGGAGAAACCCUAUGAAUGUAAGGAAUGUGGGAAAGCCUUUCGCCAUUCUUCAUACCUGACUGUCCAUACAAGGAUGCACACUGGAGAGAAACCCUUUGAAUGUCUGGAAUGUGGGAAAGCUUUCAGUUGUCCUUCAUCCUUUCGAAGACAUGUAAGAAGCCACACUGGUGAGAAGCCCUAUGAAUGUAAGGAAUGUGGGAAAGCCUUUGUUUGUCCCGCUUACUUUCGAAGACAUGUGAAAACUCACACCAGAGAAAAUAUAUAAAGUAAGGACUGAGGGAAUGUCUUUAAUGCUUUUUCAAAGCUUAGGGAGUAUGUGAGAUCUCACACUGUGAAGACACCCUAUGAAUGUAAGAAAUUGUCACUCAUCUUUUGGAAAAACCCAUAACUGAGAGAAACUCUAUGUAUGUAAAUCAUGUGGUAAUACCUCCAUGACCAUCACUUAUUGUGUUUUAAGAAAAUUCAUACUCAAAGCAAAGAUUAGUGCCUCAUCCUUAAAGUGGGCUACUGCUUGAUCAUUGAUUUCCAGUUUAAUUUUCUGAUAUAAAUGUUUAAGGUGAUAAAUUUCCUCUAAUACCUUUCAGCUCUAGCCACGUAUGUUUUAUUAUGGGGUGCUUUUAUUAGGGUUCAGAUGUAAAUGUUGUUUCUAUUACAGAGUUUUCUGGACCCAUCAGGCAUUUAAAGUAUUUUUUUAAUAUAUAGGCAUGAGUGAUCUUUUAUUAUUAUUAUUAGCUACCAGUUGAUUCUCUUUGUUCUCUAAGUGUGCAGUCAUUGUGGUAUCGACAUUCAAGUAUUUGUAGUUUCUUUGGUAAAUGGUAAUUUCAUUUUGAUCUAGUAUGGUGGAAACUGGAAAUUGCCUACCCACUAUUCCCCGCCCCCCCUCUUUUUUUUUUUUAACACAAAAACAUUAUUAGUUUUUACCAUUAAAAGCUUUCCCUGUCUAAUAAGUAAUCCAGUGGAAAUCAAUAAGUGCAAAAGCCUUGAUAGAAGAGUCUCAUCUGUUAUGUUAUUUUUGUAUUUUGUUCUUUAUCCUUGCUUAUGACUGGGAAUUGGACCCAGUAUUUUGAACUUUUAUAAAAGAGACCUUGCAACAGGAAAGCUACAAGUAAAGUUGGUUGGGCUGUCUUAUGUUGUAGUACUUUGGAUGUGGCUGGGACUGCAUUUCCCAGAGUCAGUUCUUUAUCUAGUUCCAGGUUUGAGUUGUCUAAAGUAAGAGUUUGUGUGAGAAUUGGAAGGCAGAGGGAAGAAACCAUUAUUCUGAGUUUGGGGGCAAUGAGACAGGGAGACAGAUGCAUGGGGGCCUGCCAAGCUUCAGUUUCCAGCUUUUUGCCUAAUUAUUGGACUCACUGAUCAAUACUGGCUCAAAGCAGAACACAAAGUGCUUGACUUUCAUUAUCUCAGAGGCAACCACUCCAUAGACCCCCCCAUAAAUUUCUCCAUCAUGGCCAUACACAGCUUCUUGGAUUUUUCUGGCAAGUUCUUGCAUUGUAAUUUUGCUGAUAUUACAGGCCCUUUGGCACAUCUGUUGACUGCAUAGAGUUGGCUCCAGUUUGGAUCAGGGUUGUUGUCAUCUACAUGGUCCAAAGUGUGCUAAUCUUAAGUGUACAGCUUGAUGAAAUUUUACACUAAAUACUGUGACAAACAGAACUUUUCCAGGAUUUCAGAAAGUUCAUUUAUAUGCUUUCUCAAUAAUUGCUCUGGGGACUUUCCUGGUGGUCCAGUGGCUAAUAAUCUGCCAGCCAGUGCAGGGAGCUGGGGUUUGAUCCCUGGUCAGGGAACUAGAUCUCACAUGCCACAACUAAAGAUCCUGCAUACUGCAACUAAGACUUAGUGCAGCCAAAAAAAAAAAAAAAAAAAAAAAAAAAAAAAAAAAA